AUGGCGUCGCAGGGCCUUCUUCGCCUGGUUCCAGUUGGCCCUCGCCGCAAGGACCUGUCCGUGAUCAACUUCCAGCCGUGUCGUGGAGAGCUGGAGCUUCCUGUGGAGACUGCAGGGCCUGGACUGCUGGUCGUCACGUGGAUGACAGACGCAGCGACACUGGCAGUGCAAAGGAAGGGCAUGGCCAGGGAGACCCUUGAGCUGGGGGACAGCCUGGGCGACAUCGGGAGGGGCACCAAGCUGGAGCUCGUCCCGACGGACGCGCAGCACGGCAAGCCGGGGGACUGGGCGUACAUUGUCUCCGAGUUCAAGACCCCGCCCCGCAUCCAGCCAUCGGCGAUGGAUGCCACCCCCAUCGCGCUGACGGGCGCGCGCCUGGCGGUGCUGCCUGCAACAGGCGGCCGCACCGCCGCCGCUGCUGGCGACGGCAUGGCGACGCCGGCUGUGCCGAGGGCGCUGCACCCAGCUACGGCGGGCCUGCCUGCGACGGCUGGCGCAUCCACCAGCCAGGUCAAGCGGGCUGCCGAGGAGGAGGCUGAGCCUGCUACAGCCGCCGCUCCAGCGGUUGCGGCCCCAGAGUCAGCAUCAAAGCGGCAGAAGCUGGCAGAUGCUGAUGGGACGGCAUCGGUAGCUGGCGCUGCGGUGAGCGGGGCGGCGCCGCCGCCGCACGAUGCAGAGAUGCGGGAGGCUGGGGAGGAGCUGGGGCCCCAGCAGGAGGAGCAGCAGCAGGAGUGGCAGCAGCGGCAGCAGCCCCGGGAGUUGAUGCUGUAUGCUGAGACUCAAGUGCUCGACCCCUAUGGCGCUGAGGAAAGCGACGGCAACGACGGCGGCCCGGCACCUGCGCCGACGGCGGCAGAGGCUGGUGCAGCAGCCUCCCCGGCCUCUUCAGACGCAGCGCCAGCAGGCGAAGGAGGCGACACGGCGAGCGAGGAGGACGCGCAGCGGCGGCAGCCGCCCGCCGCGGCGCUCAUUCCGCCCACCCAGGUGCACCCAGGGCUGCUGUUUGCCACCAGGUCCUUUGCCACGAUGCCGCACAUGCAGCUGGGCGGCUCAGGGCAGCUGUCUCGCUCUUUCUUCCUGCAGGCGGUGGGGUUUAUGGAGGCGGAAGAGGAGGCAGAAGAGGAGGAGGAGGAGGUGGAGGAGGAAGGGGAGGCUGCGGCAGAGGAGGCUGCGGAGGAGACUCUGCGUGGUCAUGAGCAGCAGGAGGAGCAGCAGGGGCAGGAGCAGCCUGCAGCUGCUGGGGCUGGGCAGCCCGGCUGGGAGCAGCCUGCCGAGGCACAGCCGCUGAAGCUUGACACGGCAGCAGCUGCCGGCCCUCUGGCAGUGCCCUCUGCAGUCGCGACUGCUGCAGCCGCGACUGCUGCACCGCCUCCCAAGCCCUCCGGCCGCGCCUCACGCCCCGGCGCCGGCUCUGUGGCUGCCGACGUGGUCGGCGCCACGGUGCGGCAGUGCGGCGAGCUGCUGCAGGAUGUGCGGGCCGUGCUCUUCGAUCAAGGCGGCGGUACCGGCAGCAGCCUGGCGACAGCUCAGCGUGCCGCUGCCUGGCUGGCGGAUGUGGAUGCCAUGCAGCAGCGCAGCGAGAUGAGGCCCAUCGUGAUUGGGGUGGUGGGCGACACGGGGGCGGGCAAGAGCUCCAUGCUGAACGCCCUGCUGGGCGAGGAGGAGGUGCUGCCGCAGAACGGCAUGCGCGCCUGUACCGCGUGCGUGGUGGAGGUAUCCUACGCGCCUGGCCACGCCUACUCAGCAGAAAUCGAGUUUGUGACGCAGGAGGAGUGGGCCCAGCAAGUGGAGGGGCUGUGGCACGACCUGCUGGGGGAGGAUGGGCAGCCGCAGAUCACCCGUGGCGAGCGCAACCCAGAUGGCCGAUCCAUGCAUGGAGCCGCGCAGGCCGUGCUGGAAUCUGUGCUUGGCAAGCCCCUGGUACGCCGCCACAGCGGGGUGACCCUGGAGCAGCUGCUGAGCGCGCGCAGCUCGGCCACCAGGCACCUGGGCGAGACGAUUCGGGUGCGGGAGCACAGCGCCAAGGAGUUCCGAAAGAUGAUUGGAAAGUAUGUGGACAGCAACAACAGGCGCGGCGACGACGUGUCCACCUGGCCGCUGGUGCGGGUGUGCCGCAUCUCCCAUAGCUGGCCGGUGCUGGCCACCGGCGCCAUGCUGGUGGAUCUGCCGGGCGUGAGGGAUGCCAACGCGGCGCGCGGCAAGGUGGCGGAGGCAUACCUCAGGAAGUGCAGCGCCAUCUGGGUGGCCGCCGACAUCACGCGCGCCGUGGACAACAAGACCGCCAAGGAGAUGCUGGGCGACGAGUUCAGGCGGCAGAUGAUGAUGGAUGGCCAGUUUGGCUGCAUCUCCUUUGUGUGCACCAAGGCUGACAACAUCAUGCCUCGCGAGGCGAUCGAGGGGCUGGGCGUGGACGAGAUCUGCGCACGGACAGAGACUCCUGUGGAUGAUUUCAUCAGGCUGGACGAUGCGGUGGAAGCAAAACGGGACCAGGAGAGCGACCUGGAGCACCUCUACAUGACCAGCCUGAAGGCGGUCAAGAGGAUUCUGAAGAAGUCGGGAGAGUGCGAUGGGCGGCUGCAGGUCAUCAGGGAACUGAUAGAAGAGCGGGGUGGCAACUUUGGGCUCGACCAGGCGGCGCCUGGAGAGGAGGAGGGCGGCUCACUGAUCGUGGGUGACACCGAGGAUGAGGAGGAUGCCAUGGAUGAUGAUGAGGACAGCGGCUCUGAGUCGGAUUCGGAGGAAGAAAUGGAGGAUGGGGAUGAGCAGAUCAGCCUCGAAAAGGCACGCAAGGACGGCCUGAAGCAGGGGCGCACCAAGGGCAGGAAGAAGUACGGGAAGUGGAAAGUGCUGCAGCUGCAGCAGGAGCGGCGUUUGGUGCUGGAGAAGCUUGAGAAGGCGCGCGGCGCUCGCAAGGAGGCUGAGGCCGAGAAGCGCCAGCACCGCGGCCGGCUGGACGGCGUGAAGCGCGAGCUGCAGAAGCUGCAGGUCCAACUCAACAGCAUCUGCGCCAGAGCGCGCAAUGGCUAUUCCAAGGAGCAGCUCAAACGGGACUUCAGGGAGGGCGUGGAGGCGGUGGAGGCGGGCUCUGGCGGCGUGCGGGCGCUGGCGGCGGCCGACCUGGACCUCCCCAAGCUGGAGGGGCGGUGCCGCCGCGACGGCCCCACGGGCGCCUUCAGCCGCCUGGAACAUACAGAGGUGCCGGCGCUGAGGGAGCAUGUGCACGACAUUGCGCGCAGGGGCCGCAUCCACACCGCGCGCAGCCUGGCCGCCAGCCUGAGCUCGUUUGUGGUGUCCACCGCGCUUCUGCUGCGGGACCAGCGGGAGCUGGAAGGGGAGCUUGGCGGUGCGGUGAAGCAGGCGUUUGAGGAGCAGGCGGGGCAGCUGCAGGCGGAGCUGGAGAAAAGGCUGAAGGCCUGGGCCGAGCAGCUGGACACUCUGGUGCUGAGCGAGGGGCUCAGCCCGCGCAUUGAGUCAGGCGCGGGGCGCGCCGAGUCCAAGGCUGUGGCGACGGCUGUGAAUUGGGGCGCGCCUGUGAUGCGCGCCGCGGGCAGCCGGGGCGGCAGGGUCGGGGGCGGGCUCUACUGGGGCACCUACAAGGCCACCGUCAAGCGAGGGGGCGACUACACCAGCCCGACCGCGGGCGAAAUCAGCUUCAACGGCGACCUGGCCGCCCCCAUACUGGACAGCAUCGCCGUGGAGUGGGACAACACCUUUGGCGCCAAGAUCGCCACACACCUGCGCGGCUUCCGUUCCCUGGCGCUGGCGGCGCUGGGCGGGGCACUGGAGGCGGUGAGGGCCUCUCUGGCGGCUGCGGGGCUGGACGCCCUCCGCAUCGACCGCCUGUGCCACCAGGUGCUGCAAGAGGAGGGGCGGCGCCUGAGUGAGGCUGUGGAUGCAAUGCUGGGCCCCGUGGCAGAGAAGCAGCGGGACCUGUCCCGUGACGUCAUCAAGCCCACGGUGAAGGAGCACAUGAGCGAGGCGUACCAGCUGUGCACCGCGGAGAUGGGGGGCGGCAUGUUUGACCGCAUGCGGCGCCACAUGCGGUGCCACGUGGAGCGCGAGCAGGGCCGCAUGUUUGUGGACGCGGCGCAGCGCCUGCGGGAGGAGUUGCGGCACGUGGUGGCAGCCCUGUAUGCGGGCGUGCAGAAGCUGGCCGGGCAGAUGCUGGCCCGCCUGGCCUCCCACUUCUCGGUCCUCUGGGAGCAGCCCCCCAGCGACGAGCAGCAGCGCGGCGCCGCGGUGGCGGCGCUGGCCGCGAUCGCCACCCAGGCGGCGGCGGUGUGCGAGGCCGCCGGCGCGGCGCCCUGCCCCAACCUGCCCACCCUGCUGGCGCCGCCGCCGCCGUCUCCGCAGCAGCACCAGCUGCAGCAGCACCAGCAGCAGGCCGAGCGCCGUCGUGGCCCCAGGCGCUCCCCAGGAGCUCCGCUCAACCCUUGGGACUUCCUUGGGAGGGCUCCUGAGCAGGAUGAGGAUCAGAAUGAUGAUGAGGAUGAGGAGGACGAGGAGGAGGGCGAGGAUGGGGAUGAGGAGGAGGAGUCUGAUGCAGAUGCGGAUGCCGAGGGGCAUGCAGGGGUGCACCCGCCGGCAGACCCUGCGGCCCUCUGGGCGCACGUGCACGCGGUGCAGCACCAGGCUCAGCUGGCCAUGCAGCAGCACAUCGCGGCCAUGUGGGCGGCCCAGCAGCAGCAGGCGCUGGCCGCGGGGGCAGCGGCCGCGGGCGAGGCGGCAGCCCAGCUGCGGGAGCAGCGGGAGGCGGCGGCUGCGGAUGUUGCAGCUGCCGCGGCGGCCGGCCAGCAGCUGCAGCAGGAGGAGGCGGCCGGCGAGGGCCCAGCAGAGGAUGCCGCGAUGGCAGAGGCGGCAGAGGAGGAGGGGCAGGAGGGGGCGGCACCCGAGCAAAGCGAGCCACGGCGGGGCGAAGGCGGCGGCGGCGAUGAUGCCGCUGGCGCUGCCGCCAGCAGCAGCAGCGGCGGGCCCGGCAGCCGGCAGGACGGCCAGGGCGCUGAUGCGGCGGCGGAGGAGGAGGUGGGUGGCGGGGACGCGGGCUCUGAGGAUCAGGAGAACGAGGGGCCUGCGGCUGGAGACGGCAGCGGCGAGGGAUGGGCAGGUGGUGGCACCGGCGGCGCCGGCGGCGGCCCGGCGAGACGCCCGCUGUCUGAGCUGGCACCCAGCGUGCGCAGCAUGCACAGCACCGGCGCCGACCGCCCCUCUGCCUCCUCCGGUAGCCUGCGCCGCCGCAUGGAGAUGCGGCGCGGGCGCUGGCGCCAGGCAGCCGACGGGCCUGCCGGCGGCGGCGGCGUGGUGGUGGACUUGGUGGGCGGCGGCGCCGCGCCUGUGCGGGUGAAGCGGGAGCCUGGGGCUGCAGCUGGCGGGGAGGGCGCUUCUCAGUUCGACGUGGUGGACCUCACACUGGAUUCAGAGCCCCAGGGCGUUUAA